AACAAGGAUAGAUCAAUUAAUUCCAAAUGCGACGGUCAGUGGCCCAUGCACUGACGUUGUGCAGACUGUUCCUGCCCACGUUGGACGCCAUGUCGUUCGAGCAGCUAGCAGCGUCGUCCCAGUUCCAUGAAGACCUCGUCCUUCGCAACGUCCACCCGUUCGGUGUAGUACUUGUGGAUCCCGAGGCGCUACCCGACGAGCCGAAUGGCCCCGACGGCGCGUUCUGCGCGACGGGCGAAUACGGCGCACUCGAGUACUGGGAACGCGUUCGCCAGGAUGGCCAUGUGUUUUUUUACUGCAAGGCUCGACACACGAGUACGUGGCAGCCGCCUUGCGUCCACUUGGUGCAAGAGUUCGCGGCGGACGACCCGCGGCGGUAUCCGUUCCCACUCUCCAUCGAGCGUUUGGAUCUACCCCCCGCGGUCAAGAAACACCACGCGUCAUCCACCGGUGAUUCCCAUGAGGAUGCGCUAGAGUCUGGCUCCACCCCUUCCGACUUGCACGACGAAACGCUCUCGCUAGUCGAGUUUGAAGAGCACAUAGACGACCGCUUCUUCAGCUUCCACGGGACCCUGGACCACCUCCAAGGCGUGAUCCUUCGGCCGUACUUUGACGUGAUUCCUCCAGACCUCCGCGAACACGCCCUGGCCAGCCUCCCCAUCGACAGGGUCCACGUGGACGCCGCAUACCACAUAGCGCUGCAUGACGUGGUCGGGCUCGAAGUCGACUUGGAGAUCGUCGUUCGCGAAGCACUUGAAGACGAUGUGCCCGACCCGAUGGUGUACACCGUGAGCCACUUCAGCGUUGAGCAGCGCAUGGCCGUGGCGGACGCGUGGGCGGACGUCGGCACCUUCGCCUUGGCCCGCGGCAACGUCACCACGGCGGUGAAUGCUUUCCGCCGGUCGGUGCAUUGGAUUCACGGACAUCUGCCCGCGGUCACGCAGCUGGCGGCGGUCCUGGCGGCGCUUGGGUACUUGGACGACGCGUGCGAGUGCGUGGGGAUGCUUGACCCACCAGCCCCCGUGUUGGCUUCGGCAUUGAAGUCCGAGUUUUCCUUUUGCCCCACUUUGCACAUAAACGACGAGACCAACAAGUUUCAUCAGCUCAAGAUGAUGCUGCUGCAACUGGCGACGCUCACAGUCAUACUUGUCGCGAGCUUGUGGUGGGUCCAACGACAGGCGGCGGUUGAUGCCACAUUGUCGCAGAGGUCUGCAGACAAGAAAUUCACGAGGAAACCGCAGCAACCUCAUCGAGGCCGAUUGAAAGUGUAACACCAUUCGAAUGGAAUACUGUAACUAGUUGACAGUGUUACA